UUCACCGAUAUUUGGCACGUAUCUUCACCUAUUGGCAGAAUAUCGGCUUCUGAUAGGCCUAUCGGCAGAAUACUGAUAGGCCUAUCAGAAGCUGAUAUUCUGCUGAUAGUUUUCCAACUAAGUUACGAACAAGGAGGCCUUACUGCCCCUAUUCUCAAAGAUAUGCUAGAUGCUAGAUUACUCUCUAUUUGGCUUAAAAUUCUUACCAGCAACUCAUUCUGGGCUACAACUGAGAGAGCUCUUGCAACCUUAAAGCUAUAUAGCAAAAGAAAUCUCGACUCCAGGAAAGCUUUAAUACAAACCUCAUAUAAAACCAAAGGAUAG